AUGCUUCGUCUUGAUAUCGAUAGCGCCCUCCAUGCAGCUGGUAUGGACGUGGUAGACCUCCUACGCGCCUUUUUCCUCCUCGCCGCCGCCACGACCUUCUCUGUCAGCAUCCCGUCCUCCCUGCGCGAUCGCUUCCUCGUCUAUGGCCCGCGUGCGACCUCGAAGGCCUCCGGGUCCCGCCUUGCUGCUGGGAAUUUCUCCGGUCUGCUCGACUACCUCGCGACAUGGCAGGUGCCACACAGCUAUUUCACCCAAUUCUACAUCGCCUCUGUGCUAUCGUCCGUCUUCUGGGGGUUACAGCUUUUCUUUCGGGGGCGCGUGUUCCAGGCAAUCGCGUCGCGGGUGAGCGAAGAGCACCAGUUGGAGUCUAUGUCCUUGAAUCAAAUCAUGAUCUGCUGGCUGCUCCUCGCCAUGCAGGGAUCUCGACGACUUUGGGAAUGCGUGAUUUUCGCAAAGCCAUCUACAUCGAAGAUGUGGUUCGUUCAUUGGGCGCUAGGUCUUGGGUUCUACCUGGCUGCUGGGGUGGCCAUCUGGAUUGAGGGUUCGGGUAAGGAUACAUUGUACAUGACCGGUGUACCAUUGCUAACAAGUCGGCCUGCAGGAACUAUCCUGACGCAACCUCUCACCAUCGACCAUGUCAAGAUCACCACUGCCCCGAGUGUGCGCACUUUUCUCUGUGUUCCGCUUUUCCUAGUAGCCUCUGGUAUGCAGCACGACUGCCACCACUUCCUCUUCUCAUUAAAGAAGUACUCCCUUCCAGACCACCCUAUUUUUCGUGGUAUUGUGUGCCCGCACUACGGGGCUGAGUGCAUUAUCUAUAUGUCCCUCGCGGUACUGGCUGCUCCGCCGGGCCAGUGGGUGAAUAAGACCAUGCUGUCUUGCUUGGCCUUCGUGGCAGUCAACCUUGGCCUGACUGCUCGGACAACCAAGCAGUGGUAUAUGCAGAAGUUCGACAAGGAGGCAGUGCAACGUCGGUGGUUGAUGAUUCCGUACGUUUACUGA